GGUUACGCCUCAAAACGCUUCGCAAGAUGCUAAAGCAAAAAAUAUGCUGCUUUGGUAUCUAAUUAAAGAACAGCACCGCCUGAUGAAGGUUGUGUAACAUAAUCGGCUCAUGAUGGAGGAAGAGGCUAAGGCGCAGACAUGUCAUCUCUUGGACCUUCCCUGGGAGGAUGUCCUCGUCCCACAUAUUUUGUCCCAUUUACCUCUACAGCAGCUCGUUAGCCUGCAGAGAGUGAGCAAGCAGUUUCACAGCCUCGUCCAGGUGUGCCUGGCCAACUGCAGGACUUUUAAUUUUUCACUGAUAGGACCGUGCAUUCCCAAGGAAGCGUUUUGCAACAUGUUAAAGGACAAUAAAGUUCUCCAGAACUUGUCACUUCAGAAUUGUUCCAACUGGGUUACAGACAAGGAACUGCUGCCCGUCGUCGGCCAGAAUCAGCAUCUGCAGAGGGUGGACAUGAGCGGCUGCGCUUGCCUCACCCGUCACUCCCUGGUGGCUGUAUCCUUGAGCUGCAUGCAUCUGCAGCAUCUUGGCCUGGCUCAUUGCGAAUGGGUGGACAGCCUGUCCCUGCGCAGCCUGGCUGACCACUGYGGGGGGCUCCGGUCGAUCGACCUCACCGCCUGCCGCCAGCUGAAAGACGACGCCAUCUGCUACAUGGCCAGGAAGUGUUYGGAGUUGAAGUCUCUAUCACUGGCAGUCAACGCCAACAUUACGGACGAGUCGGUGGAAGAGGUGGCCAAGAACUGCAGGGGUCUGGAGCAGCUGGACCUGACAGGUUGUCUGCGGGUCAGAAACCAGUCCAUCAGGACUCUAGCAGAAUAUUGCCCAAAACUGCAGUCCCUGAGGGUGAAUCACUGUCACAAUGUGACAGAGUCGAGCCUGGAUCCUCUGCGGAAGCGCAAUGUAGUGAUUGAUGUCGAGCCGCCUUUACAAAGGGCUCUGGUGCUUCUUCAAGACGUGCUGGGGUUUGCCCCUUUUGUCAACCUGCAGAUUUAGCCAAAGGGGAAUAUAUCUGCCCAGCAGGUGCUCACAGGCGACUUACAGCUGUCACUUAAAAGCUGCAUCACGUGGACACGUUUAUGACAAAUGCUUCAGGAAGAUGUGAUUUUGACGUUUUCACAAGUACGUGACUAAAAAUGUGGACAUAAAAUAAAUCACUGGAAUGUGACCAAUAGUGGAUGUUUAAGGUGUCACAAAAACUAAGUUUUAUUUUGCAACUCAUUGAAGGAAGCCAUGAACACUUUUCAGCUUCGCUGCCUCUUGUCCAAGCUGCACUUUUUCCUUUAUCACUUGGUGUCGUAACAAUGUGGCUUUUUUUAAUUGAAUUUAAUUUUUUUUGGGGGGGGAAACAACAUUUUUACCUAAAGUGUAUUGUGUUAUUUUGUUGCUUGUUAAAACAAACUGCAAAGCGAUUGUCUUUUGUUUCAUUUGGAAACAUUUAAAAAUGUUUGCGUUUUAUUAAACGUUUCAUUUUGCGUGAUUUUUCUGUCGUAAAAAGGGUCAGGUCAUCCAAAAUCACACAGAAACGUCUUCAUUUAAUUUGUGAAGGUUUUCUCGUUUUUAUUUUUGAUUUCUGCUUUUAAUUAAAGGUAAAUGAAGUCACUGCAGAACACUGCAGUGUGUUUAUCAGCUGUUAUUUUUCAGUUUCAUAAUAAAAACUGAGACUUUCUUCCAGAUUAAAGACACUCAGAGAUGACAUGAUGAGCAUAUAAUGUUGGUGACGUGAGUGGUGACCCUUUAAAUCAUUUUAUCUAAAUGCACACUCUUACUGCUUGUUUGAAUCUGUUCAAGACUGUUUCCCACUAAGUCUCUAAAUAGAUUUUAAAAGAACUUGUUGAAAUGCUGUUGAUCUGUCACACAGUACAUGAGUUAUUAAAAAAUAAAUAAAUGUAAAAAUACCACCUAAAA